AAAGAGAGUUAAAUUAAACAUUAGGGUUUUGUUCUCUUCACACCAGUUCUUCCCCUUUCAGCAGUCAGUCACCAGUCAGCACAGCCGCAGCUCUUGUUCGACUUUCAGCACAUCUUUGGCGUUCUGUUGUACAUAUAGGAGAUCAUCAAGUGGGUUGAUUUGCAGGCUACUUUCUCCGCUUGAGUUUAACUGAAAAGAUUUAGCCAAUGCAGUCAAACAACAAAGAUCUGCUUCAUUUGGAGGCUGAAGCCUCGCCCUUGGAAUCAAAACUUCUCUUCUGCAAUAGAGAUUGCGGAAUUCAAUCCCAAAAUUUGAAACCUGAACUUUCUGAUAAGAAGCCUGACAUUUCUUCUGUACCCAAAAGCCAAGUUCUAUCAAAGAUCAAGGAUUUCUUGGGAGUCCUUUCUGAAGAUAAUAAAAACCUGGAGCUUGCUGCUAAGAACAAUCCUCAGAAAUACGAUAUUGAAGCUCUUACCGGGGAAGAAUCUGAAUACAUAGAGAUGGACUUAAUGUUGGGUGUCGCGGAGCUUCACACACAGGAGGCUGUGUCAGCUGCUGAAUCCGCAAUAGCAGGUUACCAACCCGUAAUCAAUCUGGCCACCAGUGAUAAUGAUACAGAAUCUGAAGACAGAAGUGAUGAGGAUGAAAUUUCUGAAAGCAGCAGUGGUGAAAGUUCUGAUGAUGAUGGAGCUUCUGCUGUGAAGGAUUCUUCUAAGAAAGCAGUGAAGAGGAAGCGACAGUCAGAAAACCGAGCUAAUAUAGUUGAGCUAUCUUAGGCUAAUUGGAGCUGUUAUUUGUGAGAAAUUCAGAAGAUAGUAGCAAGUGUGCUUCUCUACAAUGCUCCUAUAAAUCUUGUUGGUACAUUUGAGGUUGCUUCAGUUCUAUCCUCUAUCACUCGAAAUGAUAGUUUUGUUUCACAUCAAUAUAUAAGAGGUUGAUGUCUUUUGACUAUGUUAAAUGUGCUUAUCAUCAGUUUUGCUCCUAUUCAAACACAUAAUUACUUAUUUAUAAAGAGUUUAAGUUGUGUA